AUGCUACCUUCCACAUUUUCCCUCCUCAUAUUGUUCUUGCAUUUUCAGCUAUCUCCUUGCUUUUGUUUCACUUCGUUUCUGUUCGGAGACUCCCUUGUUGAUGCAGGCAACAACAACUACCUGUUUACGUUGUCUAAGGCGGAUUCUCCUCCUUACGGCAUCGAUUUCGCUCCUUCCGGCGGCCGCCCUACUGGAAGGUUCACCAACGGCCGCACCAUAGCCGAUAUUGUAGGUGAAGGUGUAGGAGCCAAAUCAUUUCUUCAACCCUACUUAGGCCCUAAUGCUGCUGCUGAUGCCUUUGACAUUGGUAUUAAUUACGCUUCCGGAGCUUCCGGGAUCUUGGAUGCCACAGGAACUCUUUUUAUCGGGAGAGUGCCGUUGAAUGAGCAAGUAAGCAAUUUUGCAAGAACGAGAGAGUACAUGGUGAGUGUUGUGGGAGAAAACAGAACAACCAAUCUCUUGAAGGAUGCAAUUUUCUCUGUAGCAAUCGGCUCCAACGAUGUUAUAAAUUAUUUUCAGCAGUCCAUUCCAUUUCUGGGUGGCAGUGUAUCUCCGUCUGUGUUCCAAGAUUUCAUGCUUUCCAAUUUCACCAUGCAGCUUAAGCGGCUGCACGCAUUAGGGGCUCGGAAGCUUGUCGUGGUCGGCCUGGGACCUCUGGGAUGCAUACCCUUCAUUCGCGCCAUCAACCUUGUUCCAAGCGGCCAAUGCUCCGCUGCGGUAAACGCCUUCGCCACCGCCUACAAUCUCAAACUCAAACAUGAGCUUCAUCAAAUGAACCUCCACUUGGGGCCUAGUGCUAUCUUUCUCUACGCCAAUUCCUACCACAUUUUCACUGAGAUCAUCACCAACCAUCGUGAUUACGGAUUUGAGAACAGUGAAGGCCCUUGUUGUGGGGGUUACGUCCCGCCAUUCCUUUGCUACAAAGGGAAAGACGCGACCACGACUUCUGCGCUGUGUGAUGAUCGAAAAGCGUAUGUCUUCUGGGACGCAUAUCAUCCCACGGAAGCUGCAAAUCUCAUUGUGGCUGAGAGAUUACUGGAUGGGGAUACCAGUUAUUGCUCGCCUAUGAAUAUUCGUCAACUCUACCAUCACGAUUUUACGUGAAUAAUUAGAAGUUAAUGAUUAUUCAAGAAAUUGUUAAGUUACUAAGUUAAUUCUUGAUUAUACGUGUGAUUUGCUAUCCGUAUCUCUGCUAUGGAAGUGUUUGCGAAAACUACUCACUGUGCUUGUUUUCAUUUUCAAGUUAUCUCUAGAAUAAGU